AUUUGUUAUUUUUCAAGGUAACCCUAGCUAGGCAAACCCUAAUAACUCAGCCUAAUAAGCAUCUGUCAAAAUCUGUCAUCUGUCUGUAUGAUCUUGGUUGGUAUGAUCUUGGUAUGAUCAAAAGUCACAGGACUCAUGCUAAAUUUUACAAAGGUACGUUUUACGUUUGCGUAUGAAGGUUUCAGCCAGUUUCAGCAGAAUCUUAUGGCCAGUCAUGAUCGUUAACAAUUUACCUACUCCACUACUCGGGAAGGAUGAUUCACGCUACACCGUGUCUCGACCCGGCCGGUGUAUGAAGUUUGGCACGGCCGAGCCACUGUCAAGCAUGAAAUUGCAUACAAAAGGGCACGGCCCGGUCAAGACACGUUGUAGCGUGAAACAUACUAUAUUGCCCAUAGAGACGAUGGAAAAAGUCCUAAGAUGUCCCCGUUUGUGAAACUUGAAAUGUUUUUAUUUUUAUAAAAUUACUUAGGUACGCAUAGAAAAAAUCUGAGAUAUUUUAGGAUGAUACGGAGGGAAUAAAGAGCGUUGUUGAUUUUUUUUCGGACUGAGAACCUUCUCCUUUUUUCGAAGUCUGUUAAAAAAUAUAGAACAAUACGGAAUCUGGAUGUGUCAAAAAGACACUGAGAUCAUAGAUAAUACUUGUCUCCGACAAUCAUCUCAUAGAAAUAUCAAUUUUAUGUAAUUUAUUUAAAUGGCGUGUUUAAAAGAGAAACAUAAACCCAUGAUGCCUGUGCGGAUUCUGGACAUGAUAUCUAGACGGCGGUAUUUACCAAACACUCAAUACUACUACACAAAUAGAGAACACGCUUUUAAAGAUAAGGAUUAUGUGGCGUCCAGUGUUGCACCUGGUCGGCCAUUUGGAGUUCAUAGGUCCGAGAAAAUAUUAUCUUACAUUCAAUAUAGCGACAGGAAAGAAAAGGAGAUGGCAAUAAGGGGGCGAACGAAACCAUUAAAAUUAAAAGAGAAUAUUAAAACUGCAGAAAUAAGGGACCUCUCUGUGAGACUAUAUGUACAGGAUCCUCCAGAUGAUGUGAAGACAGUGAAUCAAAUCCAUCCAGAAUUUUACACCGUAAUUGAAGGAAGGCCACUGCGUCGCUUUGACGACAUUAAAGUAUACAUGAAAAAUAUUAGAGAUCACAUGAUGACACGGCAACAAAUAGGAUAUCAACGAGAUUUAAUAGAAAGGAUUAAUAAGAAUAUUGCAGAAGAAUCUGAAAAAUAUAACAAAAUUCUGCUUAAGUACAAAAAUCAUGUUAAAAACUUUCAACGGUUUCUAACAGAAGACUAUGAAAAAGCCGUAUUUAAAGCAGAGUUAGCUGCAGAUGUUCAUGAGAAAAUGUUAAAGAUGGAGUUGGAAUUUUUUGACUGUGCAGCAGAAACCACCAUACAUAGUAAUAUCAUUUUUAAACUUGAAGCUACACGAAAUAAUUUGAAAAUGUAUCGUAAAUUUUUAAUGCAUGUGGCUCCUUUACCAUGGCGACGAGAAAAUGAUUUACUAGGUAAAAUGCAUUCUCUACAAUUUUUCGAAGAAAAAUAUGAAACAGAUGAGUACGAGAUUAGCAUGGAUGUUGAUAAAACUAUAGAAAUGGCGGCGAAAGAGUUAGAAAAUCCACCGCCUAAUACCUUGUAUUUUAAAGAUCCCAUACAAAUGAUGGAUUUAUUUGAAGCUAUGGAACAACAGAGUGGUGACUACCUGACAAUGCUUGCUCAGACUGACUCACUAAAUCGUCGAUUGCAAUCUGCAAUAAAGUGCCUUAAGAAUGAUACCGAAACAGAGUUGGAGAAUUUUAAAUACUACAUAGACCAAUUAAACUGUGAAAUAUCAAGUAAAGAGAAACUCGAACAGUUUUUAGAGAACAAAUUUUAUCGUAUAAUAAAUGGUCUAUUUUAUGAGUGUGUAGCCGGCGAGGAGACACUUAAACUCAAGAUUUGUAUAGAAUACGUUUAUGAUCAAGUAUUUGGUCACUACGAUGAAGGUCACACCAAUUUGUAUGAGCCAAUGAGGUUGAUAGAACUUAAAUACGAAGAAUAUCGUAUGGCUAUGGAUUGUAUCGAUAUAAAAUCUAUAAAAAAAGCUGAAAAGAAGGCUUUUUCUCAGGAUGCAAAAAAUAUGAAAAACGCUCAUAAUGCUCAAAAAGAGCUGAGACUGUUCAAUCGAAUGAGAGAAACCCUGUCAAAGGCUUUCCAACCGCCAGCUCAGUAUAUGCGCCCAACUUUUGAUAAGCUUGAUAAAAGAAGUACUCUAAAGAAACACCGUAAUGUUAAGCGUACCAAUGAAGAUUCAAGUAAAAUGACGGAGGCCGAUCGUGAGGGUUUGCGACUGUUCACUAGCUGGUGUGAGGGCCUGGACCCCGAGCCCUUCCUCGAACAAUACCGACGGUGUGUGGAACCAAUGUUCACUGACGGUAACCAGACACCAAGUCAGACAAAAAGUAAAAGCAUAGAUUCAGAUGAUGAUUACUGUAACUACCGUUUGUUUUAAUAUUCAUUUUAAGUUAGUAUUAUUGCUCAGCAGUGUCUUCGUUUAUUUGAUCUUUUGUUAGUCUAUUAGUUUUUUUUUUAAGUUGCACUAAAGUCGUUUUAUUUUUUAUGUGUACAAUAUCGGUUACCUACCCAGAAAGUUACUGAGGAUAUUAGGUGAUUAUAUAUUAUAUCCAAAUAUCUGACCAAGAUCUGACCUAACUUUGUGCCCAUAGUGAUUGAUUAAGUUAGAAAAUACUUAGUAAAUCUAGAUGGUCUGUUUGUUAACCUUUGUGCACAUAUGCAACAAAUAUUCAAUGUUUUUUCCUUAAUGUGUAUAAAAUAUAAAUCCCAAGAUUAAAAACAUUUCUUUCAUUUGUAUUAUUUGAAAUAGCUUGUCCAUAGUUGAUUUGACUCUCUGUGAUAACAAUGGGUGAAAAAGUUCAGAAAGACUCACUUGAUAUUCAAAUUCCACUGCCAAGAAAAUAUUCC